AUGAAGUCGACGGACUUGUCGUCAGCUUUGGUUGACGCGUCCGCAGGGCCAACAAAUUACUCUAAAGCCUCGAUAUCUAGUACCAAAGACGUGUGGAAACUUAAACGCGAGAGCUGUGCAAAUUUACGUGCCUUUGAGGCCCAGCGCAGUGCUCAGAUUGACAAGUUCCAGGCUCGAGAUCGUGCCUAUUGGCGGCAAUUUCAGGAAGAAAUCCGCCAUGGAAGUGAAGAGAUUACGCGUCUUCUGCGCUUUUUUGCAUUGCGAUUGCAGGCUGAUUUAGCGUAUGCAGAUGCUCUUCGACAAACGCGUGCGGCACUGGAUGCUCCUACAACGCAGGGGACAUCAGACGCAAAAGGUCUGGCUAACAGCGAGCAAUUAAGCGUGCAGUCAUCUGUUUUUAAAGCAUUGCAUACAGUAGGAGAAGUUCAGCAGCAAUUGGCAGAAAAACUAGUGCAGCUGGCGACGGUUGUGAAGAGAGAAGUAACCUCGAAACCAUUAGAGGAGAUGGCGGCCACGUUUAAGGAAAGAGCAGCAACAAUGUUAGCUGAAGGAGAAAAUCUUGAUGCCAUGUUGUUUCAGUCGCAGAAGAAUGUGCUGAAAUCGUUUGACAAGUAUGAAGAAUUGUUUAAUCAGAUGAAGUAUGAGAAGGAGAACGCUACUGAUACAGAGAGGGUGGAUUCAACAGCGCGACGACAGGAUCUCUGGCUGGCAGAGGUAAACUAUUGCAUUAAUGUGCAAAAGCUGCAGCAAUGUCGUGUGGAAUACGUGACGGGGAUGUCGGCAAUAUUCCAGCAGUAUAAGACGAUGGAGGUGUGGAGAACAUCAGUGAUCCAGACGGCACUGGAUACAUAUAUUCGGAAGCAGAAACUUACGUAUAGCGAAAUGGCUGGCACCAUGGGAGAACCUUUGGCUGUUGCACAGAGGAUUGAUCCAGGACGAGACCUUUUACAGAGUUUGCGAAAGAUACCGAAAAACUACACUGCAGCAGCGUUAUCCGCAUCUGAAGACACGGAUGCAAAACUAUUUUCAACUUUGCGGUCCCCCGUUGCAAGUCCGCUAUUAGUGCGUUGUGGAUUUUUAAAAAACCAAGUGAGCGGCUCGCUGUUUACGUCCUGGAAGGACGUGCUGUGCGCCAUUACGCAGGACGGAUGCCUGCAUCUACUGGAUUUGAAAGUGAACACAACCCGUUCCAUACUAGAUUCGACGGAGACCAUGUUGGCGGCCAUAGCCACGAACGAGCAGGAAAAAAAUGUUACCAGUCAGUCGGUCUGUUUGAUGAACUGUCGAAUCGAAAUUUUGGGAAAGAGCAUUAAGCCGAGCUUUGAGAUCACAGAAAUCAGUCCAUCAUCUGGGUUACUGAGCAGCAUGUUGCGACUGGGAGUCUCUCGGACGCUGACAUUUCAAUGCCCGAGCCAGAGCAAUCUCAUCGAUUGGGUUAUUGCUGCCAAACGGUUCAUUUCAGCCGGGUCAUCGAUGGUGAAUAGAUAA